AUGCCUAUUCAGGAUUAUCAAGCAAACGCAACGACUACGCCGAAGCCAGACAUCAACGUCAAGGGUCUGAGCUAUAAGUUUCCCGACGGCUCAACCGGGCUAAAGGACGUCUCACUCGAUCUCCCUGCAAGCAGUCGGACGCUGUUGAUUGGAGCCAAUGGCGCGGGCAAGACGACACUCCUUCGCCUGUUAUCUGGCAAGAGACUGGCUCCGUCCUCAACAAUACGCAUUGCAGGAGUGGACCCGUUCGCCGCCGGUCUCGAGGGCGUCACCUAUCUCGGGCUCGAGUGGGUGUUGAACCCGAUUGUGCGAACAGACAUCGCCGUCCCUGUGCUGCUCGACUCGGUCGGUGGUUCCUUCUACCCUGACCGCCGGGAUGAACUGGUCAGAAUCCUCGACAUUGACCUGCGGUGGCGCAUGCACGCCGUCAGCGACGGCGAACGACGCCGCGUGCAGCUUGCCAUGGGCCUCAUCCGACCCUGGGACGUGCUUUUACUUGACGAAAUCACUGUCGACCUCGACCUGUUGAGUCGCUACAACUUUCUGACCUGGCUCCGGGGUGAGACGGAGCGACGGGGCGCCACCAUCGUCUACGCGACGCACAUUCUCGACAAUCUCGUCGGUUGGCCUACGCACUUAGUCCACAUGCAUCUGGGCCGCGUCAAGGAAUGGGGUCCUAUGGCCAAAUACCAUGCUGAAACGGACUUUUACAAUAACUCCGGAAACAGUAAACUGGGCGAAUUGGUCUUGAAAUGGUUGAGAGAGGACUUAGAAGAACGCGGUCCCAGGGAUAUGGCAGGUCAGGACAAGACUUAUGAGAAUCUGGACGGAAAAGGUGGUUAUGGAUUAGAGAAAAGAGAUGAUUGA